AUGGCCCCCGGCAUUGUGCCUCCAAGGGAGGAGGACGAGGCUGCCGCAGAGACCUCAAGCCAGCAGUCGGUCACCUUUGUGCUGGAAGGAGCCACCCUCGAGACUGCCAAAGUGGGCAAGGGCUACGAGCUGCUGAACUGUGACGACCACACAUCCUUCCUUAAACGACACGGGAGGGACCCCGCGCAAUAUCGACCCGACAUCGCCCAUCAGGCGUUGCUCAUGAUAUUGGACUCCCCGCUGAACAAGGCAGGCAAGGUCAAGGAGAUUUAUGUGCACACUGCCAAGAACGUGCUCAUCCAAGUCAACCCCAAGGUGCGGCUGCCACGCACCUACAAACGCUUUGCCGGCCUUUUCGUGCAGCUGCUGCAGAAGCUGAGCAUUCGGGCAACCAACGGCCCCGACAAGCUGCUCCGCGUGGUCAAGGGCCCGGUGCCGCCCCACCUCCCCGUGGACGCGCUGCGCAUCGGCUUCUCCCACUCCUCCGAGUCGCUGGCGCCUGUCGCGACCACGGUGGCACGCUUUCCCCCUGGCAAGCCCUUGGUGUUCGUGCUGGGGGCCUUCUCGCACGGCAAGAUCGACGACGGGUACGUCGACGAGUACCUGUCCAUCUCCCAGUUCCCCCUGUCGGCUGCCUACGCCAUUGCGCGGCUCACAAAUGCCCUGGAGGCGGCCUGGGACCUGGUAUGA